GCAAUGUCUGUGUGAAGCUCUACAGCCAAGCAACAUGGCAGCAUUCGCAGACAGCCACCUCACCUAAAGUGAACGUGAAUGAAAUAAACGGAGAGGAACGGUCAAAUGGGCAGGUUGGGUCCCCAGAGGUCUGCUGCUCUUCUUUGACGUCUCCCCCAGACCUCUCCCCUCACUAUGGCCAGUGAGGAGGACGAUGACCCCAUCAUACAAGAGAUUGAUGUAUACCUAGCUAAAAGCCUUGCGGACAAGCUAUAUCUGUUCCAGUAUCCAGUACGCCCUUCCUCUAUGACCUAUGAUGAUGUCACUCAUCUAUCUGCCAAGAUCAAGCCCAAGCAGCAGAAGGUGGAGUUGGAGAUGGCCAUUAACACUCUGAGUCCUAACUACUGUCGAAGUAAAGGAGAGCAGAUCGCCCUCAACGUGGACGGAACCACCUCAGAGGACUCCAACACCUACUCUGUGAAGAUGAUGGACAAACAGACGUUCACAUCCAUCCAGUCCACAACCAACACCUCCAGAUACGCUGCUGCUGUCUUCAGGAAAGGGGAGCUCCACAUCACACCGCUGCAGGGUAUCCUUCAGAUGCGACCCAGCUUCUCCUAUCUGGAUAAGGCUGACGGCAAACACAGAGAGCGGGAGGCCGCUAACGAAGGGGGAGACUCUUCUCAGGAUGAGGUGGAGGAAGACGUCAAGGCCGUCACUGUGAGGUUUUCCCGUCCUGAGUCGGACCAGGCUCGUCAGCGGCGUAUCCAGUCGUACGACUUCCUUCAGAAAAAACAGGCAGAGGAGCCCUGGGUCUACCUGCACUACCACGGCCUCAACGAUGGCCGUUCGGACCACGAGAGGCAAUACCUGUACUGCCAGGCCAUGGGAGGCUCUGAGAACACAGAACUGGUAAAAACACCAAAGGAGUACCUGGCAAUGCUCAUGCCCCCUAUCACAGAGGAGAAGAUUGUGAGGCCCGUAGGUCCCAGUAACGUGCUGUCCAUGGCCCAGCUCCGGACCCUGCCGCUAGGUGACCAGGUCAAAACCCUGUUGAAGAACGUCAAAGUGAUACCGUUUGCCAACCUGAUGGGUUUGUUGACCCCUGGGACAGACUCCACUGCGGUGCUGCGCUGCAUCCAGCAGGUGGCGCUACUGGUGCAGGGCAACUGGGUGGUCAAGAGUGACGUGCUGUAUCCUAAGAACAGCUGUAGUCCCCACAGUGGUGUGCCUGCUGAGGUGCUGUGUCGAGGAAGAGACUUUGUGAUGUGGAGAUUCACUCAGGAGCGCUCAGUGAUGAGGAAGGAGGUCACAGCCAUCAUCAAGCUCCUACCGGAGGAUGUGAAGGACUUCUUGGAACACAUGGCGAUGCCUCGUAUAAACCGUGGCUGGGAGUUCCUGUUGCCAAGCGACAGUGACUUCAUCAAAAAGCACCCUGACGUGGCCCAGCGGCAGCACAUGCUGUGGAUUGGGAUACAGAGCAAAUUGGAGAAGGUCUUCAACUUCUCUAAGGAGGACGUGGUAUCCAAAAAGGACCCACAAACAGAAGCUAUACACGUGAGUGGCGAGCAGCGUCUGAAGGCAGCCCAUGAGCGUGCACGACAGAACCAGUCCUCUCUUCAGAAGGACCUGAGCGCUCGUCGACAGGGAAAGGGUGGAGCCGGACCGAGCGGUGGAGCCGGGGUCAGAGUCAAAGAGGAACCUGUCAGCGACGGUGAAGACGAACCCAUGGACACAUCCUCUUCCUCCUCCGCUCUCCCUAACGGGUUGGUAAACGGUUACCCAUCUGCCGCCACUUCCGCUGCCUUGAAUCCUCAUAACGGGCACGGCGGGACUCCCACGCCCUCACCGUCACCUGAGCUGAGGGACUUUGUGUGGAACUUGUUCAGGAAGCAGCAUGUACUGACGCUGAGCGAAGUCAAGAGGCUGUUCAACCUCCACCUGGCCUCCCUGCCUCCCGGAGACAGCCUGUUCCACUCCAUCUCAGACCGCCUGCUACAGGAUACUAUACUGAUGAGCCACUGCAAACAGAUACUGGUGCCUUUUCCAGCCCAGAGCACAGCAGCUGCUGAUGAGCAGAAGGUGUUUGCUGUGUGGGAGACAGGAGAGACCUUCGACAAGCAUCGUCAGGUCCUGUAUGAGAUCUUCAUGAAGAACUACCGGGUGAGGAGGAACGUGAUCCAGACCAGGCUGACGCAGGAGAUGGGAGACCAGGUUACCAAGGAUGAUGUGGACCGCCUGCUUAAGGAGUGCUGUGUGAGCUUUGGAGGGAUGUGGUACCUCAAGGGUACCCUACAGUCCUGACAAUGUUGAGGACACGCCCCUGUGGCCACCAUCAACCAACCAAACCCACUCCCCCAGAGCCUAGUGGGAGGGCUCUGUACGGGGAGGCGGGACAGCCAGACACACAAACCAAUUGUAGCCCUCCUGCCCCCAGCUCUCCGGACUGGGAUUGGAGGACGGAGAUGUCCGUCAUCUGCUCCGGUCAGAACAUGACACUUGUUGUAAAUGCAGCUAAAGAAGUCACUUCUAAGCUCGGCCCAAACGGAGCCGAUCUGUUGGACAGAAGACCUUCCAUAUUCACGCUAAGGGCUGGAGCAGGAGCAGAGGAGAUGUAUAUGACCGAGACAAUACUGAAAAAAUUGGAGGUGAUGUACAAUGCCAUUAUUUCCCAAUCUGUUUCUCUAGUACCCUCCAGAACUGCUCAUUUUUGCUCUAGCCCAGAACCGGUACACUUGAUCCAACUAAUGUAGGUGGGCUGGUUCAGGGUCUGAGCACAAAUGUGCAGUCCUGGAGGUACUUGAGGAAUGGAUCAGGGAACACUGUACCAAAAGUUUUGAGAAUGACGCACAUGUUCAUUUUCACAAAGUCUGCUUCCUCAUUUUGUAUCAUGGCAAUUUGCAUAUAUUCCAGAAUGUUAUGAAGAGUGAUCAGAUGAAUUGCAAUUAAUUGCAAAGUCCCUCUUUGCCAUGCAAAUGAACUGCACCUAAAUCAACCAUUUAUCGGAUCAUAAAGAACUUCAAGGAGAGCGGUUCAAUUGUUAAGGCUUCAGGGCGCCCAAGAAAGUCCAGCAAGCGCCAGGACCGUCUCCUAAAGUUGAUUCAGCUGCGGGACCAGGCCACUACCAGUACAGAGCUUGCUCAGGAAUGGCAGAAGGCAGGUGUGAGUGCAUCUGAGGCGAAGACUUCUGGAGGAUGGCCUGGUGUCAAGAAGGGCAGCAAAGAAGCCACUUCUCUCCAGGAAAAACAUCAGGGAUAGAUGGAUAUUCUGCAAAAGGUACAGGGAUUGGACUGCUGAGGACUGGGGUAAAGUCAUUUUCUCUGAUGAAUCCCCUUUCCGAUUGUUUGGGGCAUCCGGAAAAAAGAUUGUCCGGAGAAGACCAGGUGAACGCUACCAUCAGUCCUGUGUCAUGCCAACAGUAAAACAUCCUGAGGCCAUUCAUGUGUGGCGUUGCUUCUCAGCCAAGGGAGUGGGCUCUCACAAUUUUGCCUAAGAACACAGCCAUGAAUAAAGAAUGGUACCAACACAUCCUCCGGGAGCAACUUCUCCCAACCAUCCAGGAACAGUUUGGUGAUGAUCAAUGUCUUUUCCAGCAUGAUGGAGCACCUUACCAUAAGGCAAAAGUGAUAACUAAGUUGCUCGGGGAACAAAACAUCGAUAUUUUGGGUCCAUGGCCAGGAAACUCCCCAGACCUUAAUCCCAUUGAGAACUUGUGGUCAAUCCUCAAGAGGCGGGUGGACAAACAAAAACCCACAAAUUCUGACAAACUCCAAGCAUUGACUAUGCAAGAAUGGGCUGCCAUCAGUCAGGAUGUGGCCCAGAAGUUAUUGCGGAUUGCAAAGGUCUUGAAAAAGAAGGGUCAACACUGCAAAUAUUGACUCUUUGCAUCACCUUGAUGUAAUUGUCAAUAAAGAAAGGCCUUAGACACUUAUGAAAUGCCUGUAAUUAUACUUCAUUAUUCCAUAGUAACAUCUGACAAAAAUAUCUAAAGACACUGAAGCAGCAAACUUUGUGGAAAUUAAUAUUUGUCAUUCUCAACUUUUGGCCACGACUGUACUAUGCCAUUGAGAAAUUAGACAAUUUUGAUAGUGAUCCUUAAUUAUUUUGUUUUUGAAUUAUUAAGCAAAUCAUAUUGUAUUUGUCACAUGCUUCAAAUACAACAACACCUUACAGUGAAAUGCUUACUUACAAGCCCUUAACCACAAUUAAGAAAUUAAAUGGAAGUAUUUUACUA